AUGGACUUCUCCAACAUCUUCCGGCUGGUCAAUCUAGUCGUGGGAGCGAUUAUGGUCUUGGGAGGAAUUAGCCAGUUCUUCCCAAUUGGAUUUCGAAGUAUCAUCGUGGGUAUCUACGUGAUCAUCUUCGGGCUGGCUGUUGCCGGACUCGAACUAUUGCCACAAGUCCCACCCUAUCUCCCCAAAUACGCCAGCUUUCUGUUUUCCUUCCUCGGUCGCGGCAUCUUCUACAUCUUCGUUGGCUGCAUCAUCCUUGAGGGACACGUUUUGCGAAUCAUUGCUGGCACCAUUGUUGCUGCCACUGGCGUCGGUUACUGCGCGCUCGAAUUUGCUCCCUCGAUUGAGCCACCAUCCAACAUGCGUGACGCGGAUGCUGGCUGGGGCGCUGAACAAGUCUAA